UCUUACGUGCAUUUGUUGUCAAAUAAAUGACCGUAACUACGUCGUAAGUGCAUAAGCCUGUGUUUAUCAUAAAUGAAUAAAUAAAUGAACGAAUGGUCUAUUGAUGCUUGGAACGAAUAUGCAUUAAAACUGAAAUGCAUGAUAUAUGAGGUUAUAUGACUGCUAAAAAUCUAUGUAUACAUGGCAGAACUUGGUAUUCACCACGCAAUUGUGGGAGAAACUAAACCUACGAUAUUUGAAAUUUUAGGACAAGAAAAUUUAGUUUCUGGGCUUAGAUCUGCGUUUCGUCAUGUUUUUAAGAUUCUUGCUGAAAAUUACCCGGAAAAAUUUAGUCUUCUUUAUUCCAAUUUUGAUGAAGGAUAUACUAUUGUCGAUUCUAUAUUUCAAUACAUUCACCUUCGAUUAAAAGGUGGUUUGUUUACUGAAACAUUCUACAGUUUGAAGAGGUUACCAGACCCUAGGACCCCUGAUGUUUCAAAGAAAAAGGUUUUUGCUUGGGUCUUCCUUUCUGUUGUAUUGCCUUAUAUACAAAGUCAGCUAGAAGAACUGUUCAAGAAUAUUAGGCGAAAGCAAGCAGAAAACCAACUUCAUUACAGUGAUCUAAAGAAACAACUGGCUCUCAUCUACUUAAAAGUGUAUCCUAUUUAUCAUUUUGUAUGGGAAAUGACUGUUUUAUCCUACUAUAUGUUAUAUGCUUUGGGAAAAUCUGAUUAUCAUUCCCCAGUACUUCACUUAACAAGGACCAAGCUGAUCCCACUUAGUAUGCUAGAUUACUCCAGUGAUGCAUGGAAAGACUACUUUCCUUUGGAAGAAAAGAGAAAAUUGAGCACUGUACUUUGGAGUUACAUGAAUGGACUUGUUGGUGGAGUGACAAUGACAAUAUCAGUUGGAGCUUUUCUUACCCAGUUUCUUGAUUGGUGGUACACUAGAGAAGGAAAAUUAACAUCAUUUGCUCCAAUGCCUGUUCCUCCGCCUCCUCCUCAGUGGCCAUCUGAAAUUCCUGCUGACAUUUGUUUUAUUUGCAAAAAGAAAAGGACAAAUGAUACCGCCCUUGCAAGCAGUGGGUUUGUUUUCUGCUAUCCAUGUGUUUUCCGCUAUGUUCAGGCUGAAAAUAAGUGUCCUGUGACUGGAUACUAUUCUUCACUGAAUCAGCUCAUAAAGUUAUAUCAUCAAGAACAGUAGCGUAACUAUGGGGUCUAGCACCCCUGGCGAACUGGUAAAAUUGCGCCCCCCCC